AUGACGUCUUUCUAUCGGAGACCCCCUGAUGGGCUUUAUAUACUACCGUUACAAAUCAAAUGAAUUCACCAACAAACUCCCACUAUUGAUUCACUUUACUCUCCUGAUAAAAAUGGUGAACCUGAGACCACCCCAGAAGAAAUUUUGUCAAUGGUGAAAUAUUUAGCUAGUACAUCUCACCGUGGGAGAUGUUUGAUGCCAUUUACCCCUAGUGAUUAUCCUUCUAUAAACGAGAAAGGAAUUUCAGAUGGCAAAGCUCGAAUGCUUAAUACAUACAUGCAACCAUCAUCUUCUUGGCUGAACCAAAGGCCUCCUCUUGAUGUGCAUGUUGCUUGCAUAGAAGGCAGUGAAGAUGCUGACAAAGGAGGAGCCAAUCAACCAACAACUCAGGUUGUAACUGCCAUGUGCUUAAAAGCCCCUUAUGUUAGCCAAGAUUUGUACAACUUGUUGGUGAACAAUGGCGUCGAUGAUUCUGAUAAAAUAUAUGGUGUUUCGGUUGAAGAAUGUACAAUAACUGUAGGAUAGCUGAAUAUUUUUACAGAAAGUUAGCAUUAUAAACAAGAACAAAUCAUUUAAUCAAGUUCCACCCGCGGUUGGCACAGUUUCAAUUGCAAGAUUGUUGACAUGAAUGAAUUGCUAAAUGAGGAAGCUUCUUCUUCUUGUUCGUCGGCUGAAAUAUAUAUGAAAAAACUACAUCGUAUACCGGGAUAUAAAAAUGGAACUAGAAUUGGAAAAGGAAAAAUCAAAAGCCUUGGAGGAGGAAAUUCGUGUAAUUAAAGAAGAGCAACCACAAUUUCAAGAAGAG